CCCCGGCGGCGGCGGCGGCGGCGGCGGCGGGUCGUGCCGAGCCGCGCGCGGCGGGAGCUGGCGGUCACCAUGGCAAUGAGGGAGCUGGUGGAGGCCGAAUGCGGGGGUGCCAACCCGCUCAUGAAGCUGGCAGGACACUUCACCCAGGACAAGGCCCUGCAGCAGGAGGGCUUGAAGCCGGGCCCCUGGCCCCCGGGCACCCCGGCCUCCGAAGCGGUUUCAAAGCCUUUGGGAUCAGCCUCCGAAGAUGAGUUGGUGGCCGAGUUCCUCCAGGACCAGAAUGUACCACUUGUAUCCCGGGCGCCGCAGACCUUUAAGAUGGAUGACCUCUUGGCCGAGAUGCAGGAGAUCGAACAGUCAAGUUUCCGGCAGGCACCCCAGAGAGCUCCUGGGGUGGCCGACUUGGCCUUGUCUGAGAACUGGGCCCAGGAGUUUCUCGCAGCUGGAGACGCUGUGGACGUCGCUCAGGAUUAUAACGAGACUGACUGGUCUCAAGAAUUCAUCUCUGAAGUCACAGACCCUUUGUCCGUGUCCCCGGCCCGCUGGGCUGAAGAAUACCUGGAGCAGUCUGAGGAGAAGCUGUGGUUGGGGGAGCCCGAGGGGACGGCGGGAGCCGAUCGCUGGUAUGACGAGUAUCACCCCGAGCUGGAUCUGCAGCGCACGGCCAGUGACUUCGUGGCCAAGGUCGAUGACCCCAAAUUGGCCAACUCGGAGUUCCUGAAAUUCGUGCGGCAGAUUGGCGAGGGGCAGGUGGCCCUGGAGUCCGGUGCAGGGUCUGGCCGAGCUCAGGCAGAGCAGUGGGCGGCAGAGUUUACCCAGCAGCAGGAUACCUCGGAAGCUUGGGUGGACCAGUUCACGAGGCCGGUCAACACCUCCACCCUGGACAUGGAGUUCGAACGUGCCAAGUCCGCUUUAGAGUCUGAUGUCGAUUUCUGGGACAAGUUGCAGGCAGAGCUGGAGGAGAUGGCGAAACGGGACGCCGAGACCCACCCCUGGCUCUCCGACUAUGACGACCUCGCCGCCGCUUCCUAUGAUAAGGGGUACCAGUUCGAAGAGGAGAACCCCCUGCGGGACCACCCUCAGCCUUUUGAGGAAGGGCUGCGGCGGCUGCGGGAGGGAGACCUGCCCAACGCCGUGCUGCUGUUCGAGGCGGCCGUGCAGCAGGACCCCAAGCACAUGGAGGCUUGGCAGUACCUGGGCACCACGCAGGCCGAGAACGAACAGGAGCUGUUAGCCAUCAGUGCUCUGCGGAAGUGCCUGGAGCUGAAGCCGGAUAACCGCACGGCCCUGAUGGCGCUGGCCGUCAGCUUCACCAACGAGUCCCUGCAGCGCCAGGCGUGUGAGACCCUUCGGGACUGGCUGCGCUACACCCCCGCCUACGCCCACCUGGUGCCGGGAGAGGAAGGGGCCGGCGGGGCGGGCCUGGGCCCCAGCAAGCGCAUCCUGGGCUCCCUGUUCACUGACGCCCAGUUCCUGGAGGUGAAGGAGCUCUUCCUGGCUGCCGUGCGCCUGGACCCCUCGGCCAUCGACCCGGACGUGCAGUGCGGCCUGGGCGUCCUCUUCAACCUCAGCGGGGAGUAUGACAAGGCCGUGGACUGCUUCACCGCGGCGCUCAGCGUGCGGCCCAACGACUACUUGCUGUGGAAUAAACUCGGGGCCACCUUGGCCAACGGGAACCAAAGUGAAGAGGCAGUGGCCGCAUACCGGCGGGCCCUGGAGCUCCAGCCCGGCUACAUCCGGUCCCGAUACAACCUGGGCAUCAGCUGCAUCAACCUCGGGGCCCACCGGGAAGCCGUGGAACACUUCCUGGAGGCCCUGAACAUGCAGAGGAAGAGCCGGGGUCCCCGGGGCGAGGGGGGCGCCAUGUCCGAGAAUAUUUGGAACACCCUGCGCUUGGCGCUGUCGAUGUUAGGCCAGAGCGAUGCCUACGGGGCGGCCGAUGCCCGGGACCUGCCCGCCCUCCUGUCCCUGUUUGGCCUGCCCCAGUGACAGGGGGAUGGGCUGCCCUGUGAGUGUCCACCUCGAGGGGUCCCCGCGCCGGAUGUGACUCCCUCUCCCCCAAUGGGCCAGCCAAGGGGGUGGGCUGAUGACCACAAGCGGUACGGCCCCUGGGGGGCGGCCUCCAUGUAGGGGUGGGUGGUUCUGUGUUCCAGCGCCUACGUAAUUGUAGGACCGGGAGCCGGGUGGUCUCGGAGGGCCCUUGGUUAAUUCGAGGGUGACACGGCCAGCCUCUGAUCUCUCUGCUCAUCGGGCUCUUUCUUGGUGCUGCUGGUUUUUUUUUUUAAUUAUUAUUUUUGGGUAGGCCCCCUCCCCCCCAACGGCACCGUCAGCUGCCGAUGCGAACAUCUGUCCUGUUCACCUUUGCCCCCCUGCCUUCCCAGGGAAUCCGGAAUGGCCGUGGCUGCCCGGAGCCGUAUGUGGGAGGUGCUGGGGUGGGUGCCCCUCUGAUGAAUGUACAUAGAGCGAGAGCCACAGGGAGGUGGCCCGUUGGGCGGAACUGGUGGUUUGGCACCACAGAGCUGAUCCUUGCUAGAGGGGCUCCUUGCCAGGUGUUCCUUGGCCCUCACUUGGCCAGCAUUCAGAUGCCCCAGGGGUGCUGAGGGGAAGCCCGCAUCCUUCUCAGGGCCAUGGGUACCACUGGUCUGGUUGCACCGGGGAUGGGGCGGGAGGCGGAAAUCUGUAUUUCCGAAUUAGAUCUCGAAGGGACCCGACGGGCCGAAUCCAGGGCGCCGUUCUGGGCUUUUGGGUCGAUGGACAGAGCAAGUGGGACAGCGAUGCCACCAGAGCACCCGUACUUCCUCCUCCAGGCCUGCGGCUGCAGGAUUUCAGCUACGUCUUCCAGAGAAUUCGUUCAGGAAUUGCAGUCUUCCAGCCUCCUAGUCAGGAGGGAGCUCACCAUUGCCAUAAGCCUUUGUUGCACUUCUCGGAAUGUUUCUAGGGGAGUGGAUUGAAAAUACUGCUUCCCCCCCAUACAACCUCCGUAAGGUGAAGAUUGAGGGAAGAUGAGGAGGCAGCUCAGAUUCUUCCCAACCGUCCCCUCCGUGGGGAGGUGACCUGCACUAGCCACCCAGACAUGACUGCGAAACCUCUUGCCUUGUCUUCCAUAGCGAGCGAUCAGAGAGAUUGUUUUGUUUUGUUUUUUGAGAGACUACCAUGGUCCCAAGUUCCAUCUGAAAUUUAUUUUUUCUUUGUAUGAAUAUAUGUAAAUGAUUUAAAAAAAAAUAAAACGGUAAACUAUUUGUAUGAAGAGUAA